GGCCGGGGGCUCAGAUGGAGCCGGGGCGCCCGGUGCAGCUGGUGCGUCUGGACAAGGAAGGGGGCCUGACCCUGGACGAGGAGGCCCUGAGCCGCUGCCUGGAGCAGGGUGGGGUGGGGGACGCCCCCGUCUGCCUGGUGUCCAUCAUCGGGGAGCAGCGCCGGGGCAAAUCCUUCCUGCUGAACUACCUGCUGCGCCGGCUCCGGAGCCCGGUGGCCGUGCUGCUGGUCGACACCGAGGGCUCCAUGGACCUUGAAAGGAACAAGGAGACGAGCAUCAAACUCUGCGCCAUGUCCAUGCUGCUCAGCUCCUACCAGAUACUGAACGUUGGCUGUCAGGUGAAGGACCCGGAUCUCGAGUACCUGGAGAUGUUUCUGCAGGUGGCUGAAGUGGUGGGAGAGGCCUAUGGACUGGAGCCCGUUCAGCACCUAGACCUGCUGGUGCGGGAUUCGAGCAGCUCCCUGGUCCUCGGAGCCCAGGGUGGGGAGCAGCAUCUGAGACACGUCCGACAGAUGCUGGCGGCGAUGUCCCCUUGCAGACACCCCAAGGCCCUGGAAGCGCUGAGCAGAAGCAGCAGCCGCUGUUACCUGAUGCCCUUCCCCGGCAAGCGGAUCUCAACUGGAAACCAGGGAACCCUGAGAGACAUGGAUGAGGAUUUCGGGACAGCCUGA